CAGACAGUUUUUGCAGUGAGUCAGUUUUGUGCAUGUGUAGACCGUAGCGCGUUUGUCCCGAGGUACUAGGUGGGUAAGCGGCUAUCUCGGCGACUAUGGAGAAGUUGUCUUCGUGCGUGUUCUUGCUGGUGGCGAUCUUUCUCGUUCAAAACGUGGCUCUCGCCGUUUGGCCAACCCUGUCAUUCUGCGGCCGUGACGAGCCUUCUGAGGACAGAGACUCCAACAACACGGUUAACCUGACCAUGGACGAUGAGAACUAUUGUAUUCCUACUGACAUUCCGAAGCUAAACGCUAAAUCUACGUACUACCUGCGUUCGCGGGAGAGGUUCUACGUAAACAUCAGCGGCGUAUUCGGUGGAAGCGGCGCUGUGGAAGUGGAGGCGGUGCAGCAGCAAGCCGACGUUGGUGUACUGAGAAAUUCAUGCAUACUUGCAGAAGACGACAAGUACUUCGUAAAGUUUUUCAUCGAUGAGGACGCAGUGAUUGCCCCGGAGAACCGGCUCUUUUACCUGAACAUUGGAACAGUGGAGAGGCGCUUUCUAUUUCAAUUCUAUCCAACAGGAUUGAACCUGGCUGACCAACGACCCCUCCAGACCACCUACACAGUUGAUGAACUGCCUCUUCCUAUCCUGUCUGUUUUAGUGCUGAGCGAAGACAACAAAACUGUCUCCAUCUUCGAUUAUAAAGUGUGUAAAGUCGAAGGGAACACAUAUACACUCAUUGAGGGAUCUCUAGUGUUCGAUACAACAUCGUUGGAAGGCAUUUGCAACACUUUUGACUUGGAUGAGGGACUCUUACGAGCAGGGAACCUGAAAUUAUCCCCGAAGGGGGAUUUAGUUGACCUGCUCUUUGAGGAUAGUCCCUCGAUUCGAAUUGUCGCCGUACCAGGCAACUGCAAUGACAGCGAACUGCAAGACUCUGCUCAAGUCAUAACCAUCGCCCGAUUUGCCACUACGUCGUCGACCACCAUGCAGACACCAACGCCCACAUCAGGAGGAACAGACUCAACCAAUACUCCGACUGGAAACGGCGGAUUGAGCGCUGGAGCAAUCGCAGGAAUCGUGAUAGCUUCCACUAUCAUUGGAGUGGGAUUUCUGGUAGCCGUUAUUCUUGCAGCCGUUAUUCUUGUUUUGAAGCGCCCCGAAUGGUUCAAGACCAUUAGAAGGCCUCCAACAGAAACCGUGCUUUCUCAUGUUUCUCCAAGUGAUCCAGAAGCCGCGGUGGAACAGCCGAAAGACACAACAGAAGAAAUUGGUGAGCAUAUUCAUGUACCGCGAGUUUCCCUUCCUGAGUGAGGUCAUAAUGAUGUCAUUACAUGACUCAGCUGUACAGCAAGCUUUUAUCUGUGUCUGUAUACACCGAAACCUCUGAAAAAGGACCCUCUGAAUAAAGGACAAUCUCUAUAAAGGACAUCCC